UCAGGAACAUAAGUCCUCUUAGAGCAGUUUUUUUUCUCAUCUAGGAUGCACUUGAAUUACCUUUCUGAGUGCAUUACCAUGCAUUCCAUUGUCAGAAUUUACGAGUCACUGGUAGUGACAUUCUGUGAGUGCAUACUAUAAUAUAAACGUCCACACAACUAUUACUCCUUCUGAUUUUGUUUUCUUGUACGUUUCCGCAACAGAUUAAGGACAUUCAUGACAUCGUUUGUGCUGAAAGCCGGAAUCCAUUCGUUGCACGAAAAAUAUUUGCCUCCUUGAGGGAGGGAGACCUUUGCCCAGAAAUGAUAUCAAGAGCAACCACGUAUAUACUUGCCGCCUUAGGUUUGGUGGCGUUCACGUUAGUACUGCUGUCAACCUACUUGUGCUGGAAGCACAACAUCAAGACGUGGCUACAUGCACGUGGCUGGGGCUGUUUGAUGCGCUGCACCACGGAGCACGAGAUGGAUCUGGAUAAGCUAUUCGACGUGUUCGUCUCGUUCAGCAGCAAGGAUCGGGACUUUGUGCACGAGAACAUACUUCCCGUUCUGGAGGCUAAACGCAUCUCGUACUGCACCUACGAGCGCAACUUCAAGGGAGGCUUCCUCCUGCAAGACAUCAUUCGUGAUGCCGUCGCCUGUUCAAGGAGAACGCUGCUCGUCCUCACACAGAACUUCGUGAUGAGCGAGUGGUGCCGAUGGGAGUUCCGAGUGGCUCAUCAGCGUGCUCUUCAAGACAAGGUUAAUCGGCUGAUCACCGUCUUGGUCGACGAGUUUACGCCUGGUGCGCUCAACGGCGAUCUGAUACAGUAUGUUUGCGAGACAAACUGCCUACGCUGGAACGAAACGAAUUUCUGGGAGAGGCUGCUUCGCUCAAUGCCCAGAAAGGACGCAACUAGGAAGACCAUCACCGAGCUGAGGCCUGUAUAAUGUCGGCUGCAAGAGGCACUGCAGCCGCAGAGCCUUCAUG